UGGGCUAGAUAAGGUGUUUUAGGUGUAUAAUUAUUGGACGAGUUUACGGGUUAUGAUGGAAUCUGAAGUUUAAGAUUCACGGUAGGUAUGUAUGUAUCUUGCUAUGUGUGUGCGGGUGUGUUUGGUUUGGUCAAGGUUGGGCAGGGUUUUCCUUUUUCUCGAGGGACCUAUUAUUGGUAUAUACUUGGUUUGUGGAAGGUAUUUAUUUAUAUUGUUUGAUUUUGGGUUUACUGUUCCGGGUCUUUGUACAUUCAAGGGGUGGCUAGGUCAUUCAUACAGCCCCAAAAUGCAACUUGGGCGAAGUUCACAUCUACCAGAACAAAAUAAAGAUCUGAUUCAAAAAAAUUUAACAUUCAUAUCUACUCGAAGCUAAUUAUAUACUAAGAAACCUAAUCAGAACCAGUUAGCAAUGAUCCACAUCAUUG